AUGAAGUUCCUCGCCAUCAUCUCUCUCUGCGCCGCCCUUGUCGCCGCGGCCCCUGUCGAGGCCCCUAUCGAAGUCGCCGUUGAUGCCGGUGUUGCCGACCUCGAGGUCCGCCAGACUGGCCUGACACGCGACGAGCUCCAGUCUGGCAGCAGCUCCGCGUGCCCCAGGGUGAUCUUCAUCUUUGCUCGCGCAUCUACCGAGCUGGGUAACAUGGGAGGGAGCGCAGGCCCGACUGUAGCAGAUGCUCUUGAGAGCCGGUAUGGCGCCUCUCAGGUCUGGGUGCAGGGUGUCGGCGGACCAUAUACCGCAGACCUGCCAUCCAACGCCCUGCCCGAGGGGACCAGCCGGGCGGCCAUCAACGAAGCCAAGAGGCUGUUCACGCUGGCCAACACCAAGUGCCCCAACGCGGCCGUCGUUGCCGGCGGAUACAGCCAGGGCACCGCCGUCAUGGCGUCGUCGAUCUCGGAGCUGGGCUCGACGAUCCAGAACCAGAUCAAGGGCGUCGUGCUGUUCGGUUACACCAAGAACCUGCAAAACUCCGGCCGCAUUCCUAACUUCCCGACAUCCAAGACUGAGGUCUACUGCGCUGCCACCGAUGCUGUGUGCUUCGGUACCCUCGUCAUCCUGCCCGGUCACUUCUCCUAUCAGACUGAGGCGGCAGUAAAUGCCCCGCGCUUCCUGGCUGCUCAGAUUGGUUGA